AAGGGGUGUUGGUCACACUCUGUGGCCUGGGCUGGGACUCAAAACUGAAACCAUGGGGCCAAGCCCAAACGGGAAUGAAAACAUCCUGAAAAACCCAGGCCGGAGCAUGGCCGGAGCCUCCCGGCCCUGGAGUGGGACUCAGAGUGACAACUUCUUUGCUGCGACCAGCAAAUCUUCCAGUAUGAAUUCUACAGAGACCAAGGCUAUAAAAACAGAACCAGAGAAGAAGUCACCAUCAACUAAACUAUCUGUGGUUCAUGAGGGAAAAACCCAAGAAGAAAAGCCAAAGGAAUACACAGAGCCAAAAAGCCUACCCAAGCAUGCAUCAGAUACAGGAAAAAAACAUGCUUGUAGUGAAAAAGCAGUUUCUAGAUCAAGUGAGCAGCUGACAUCAGAGAAAUCAACAGAACCAAAGACUAAAUCACAGGACAAGAUUGCUGCUGGUGUGGCUGCAACAUCUGGUAAACCAGAUGACAAGAAAAAAGAAAAAUCACUAACACCAGCUGUACCACCUGAAUCUAAACCGGGUAAACAAUCUGGAAAGUGAGGCAUGGAUGCUGCUUUGGAUGACUUAAUAGACACUUUGGGAGAACCUGAAGAAACUGAACAGGAUAAUACACCAUACACUGGACCAGAAGUUUCAGAUCCAAUGAGUUCCACCUACAUAGAGGAAUUGGACAAAAGAGAAGUCACAAUUCCUCCAAAAUAUAGGGAACUCUUAGCUAAAAAAGAAGGGGUCACAGGACCUCCUGCAGACUCUUUGAAACCCAUAGGGCCUGAUGGUGCUACGGAUGCCUUGUCAUCUGACUUCACCUGCAGUUCUCCUACCACCGGUGGAAAGAAAACUGAAAAAGAGGAAUCUUCGGGAGAGGUUUUAAAAGCUCAGUCAGCUGGGGUAAUCAGAAGUGCAGCUCCACCCCAGGAGAAGAAAAGAAAGGUGGAGAAGGAUACAAUGAGCGAUCAAGCACUUGAUGCCCUUUCUGCUUCUCUCGGCACCAGGGAACCAGAACCGGAGCUUCACCUAAGCUCUAUUAAGGAAGUUGAUGAGGCAAAAGCAAAAGAAGAAAAACUGAAGAAGUGGGGUGAGGAUGAUGAAACAGUCCCAUCUGAGUACAGAUUAAAACCAGCCAUGGAUAAAGAUGGAAAACCCCUAUUGCCAGAGCCUGAGGAAAAAUCACAGCUCCAAAGUGAAUCAGAACUCACUGAUGAACUUUCAGAAGAUUUUAACCAGUCUAAAUGUAAAGAAAAACAAUCUAAGCCAACUGAAAAGACAGAAGAAACUAAGGCCCCUGCCCAGACUCCCGUGGGAGAGACUGUGUCCUGGACCUCGAUGUGUAGUGUCCAGUCUGCACCACCCAAGCCAGCUGCCUCGAAGGGCCCAGUGCCAGAUGAUGCUGUAGAGGCUUUGGCUGGUAGCCUGGGGAAAAAGAGCGCAGAUCCAGAAGAUGAAAAACCUGUGGUGGAUAAAGUCAAGGAGAAAGCCAAAGAAGAGGACCAUGAAAAACUUGGUGAGAAAGAAGAAACAAUUCCUCCUGACUACAGAUUAGAAGAGGUCAAGGAUAAAGAUGGAAAACCACCCCUGCCAAAAGAGACUGAGGAGCAGAUUCCACCCCUGAGUGAAGACCUCCUUCUUGAUGCUUUGUCUGAGGCCUUCUCUGACCCCUCAAACAUUUCAUCCCUUAAAUUCGACGAUGCAAAACUUUCUGCUGUGAUCUCUGAGGUGGUUUCCCAAACCCCAGUGUCAACCACCCACUCUGCAGGCCCAGCUCCUGACCCUCCGCAAAGUGACAACAAAGAACUUGAUGACGCCCUAGACCAACUUUCUGACAGUCUAGGGCAAAGGCAGCCUGACCCAGAUGAGAACAAACCAGUGGAGGAUAAAGUAAAGGGAAAAGCUACUGCUGAACAGAGAGACAAGCUUGGAGAGAGAGAUGACACCAUCCCACCUGAGUAUAGACAUCUCCUGGAUAAAGAUGAUCAGGGAAAACCAGUGAAGCCACCUGCAAAGAAGCCCAAAGAAUCAAAGAAAUCUGCAGAUGACCAAGACCCCAUUGAUGCCCUCUCAGAAGAUUUGGACAGCUGUCCUUCAACUACAGAAACCUCACGGAAAAUGGCAAAGGACAAAGGCCAGAAGACUGCUUCCAGCACCAAAGCACCCAAGGAUGGGGGUAAAGCAAAGGAUGCAAAAAAGGCAAAAGAGGAAGACUCCAAGUCAAAAGCUGAUGAAAGAAAUACAAGUUAAAGGUCACACUAUUUGGUAUCGUCAACUAAAAUCUUCAGCUGUGUAGAUGAUGACUCUUGAAGAACAAAAUGUUUUGGCGACAGAAAGCAAUUUUUCUGGGUGGCUUCUAGACGAUGGUAUAUGUUGAGUCUUUUGACAUCUUGACAUUGGUUUGUUAUUCUUGUCCAGGACAGAAUUUGAAUUUGUCUGGUUCACCUGUGUUAUUGUAUUAAGUAUUGAUAAACUUUGAACUUUUUUUUUAAAUUGCCUUCAGUUGUUGAA